CCUUCGGCAGCGCGGCGGCCCGGGCGCUCCUCUCCGCGCCGACCAGCGAGGCGGCCGCAGCUCGCUCGGCCUCCCGGAGCCCCCGGCUCGCUCCAGCCGCUCGCCCACCACCGCCCCAGCCAUCCACUUCAGAAUGAUUCCCUGCAGAGCUGCGCUAUCUUUUGCCCGAUGUCUGAUCCGGAGAAAAAUCGUCACUAUGGACAGUCUAGAAGAUUCCAAAUUAUGCCGCUGCUUAUCCACCAUGGACCUCAUUGCCCUGGGGGUCGGAAGCACUCUUGGUGCUGGGGUUUAUGUCCUUGCUGGAGAGGUGGCCAAAGCAGAUUCUGGCCCCAGUAUUGUGGUGUCCUUCCUCAUUGCUGCCCUUGCUUCCGUGAUGGCAGGCCUUUGCUAUGCUGAAUUUGGAGCCCGAGUUCCCAAAACUGGGUCUGCGUAUUUGUACACUUAUGUCACUGUUGGAGAGUUGUGGGCAUUCAUCACUGGCUGGAAUCUCAUUUUAUCUUACGUGAUAGGUACAUCAAGUGUUGCAAGAGCAUGGAGUGGCACCUUUGAUGAACUUCUUAGCAAACAGAUUGGUCAGUUUUUCAGGACAUACUUCAAAAUGAAUUAUACCGGCCUUGCAGAGUAUCCUGACUUUUUUGCUGUGUGCCUUAUAUUACUGCUAGCAGGUCUUUUAUCUUUUGGAGUAAAAGAAUCGGCUUGGGUGAAUAAAAUCUUCACAGCUAUUAAUAUCCUGGUCCUUCUCUUUGUUAUGGUUGCUGGGUUUGUGAAAGGAAAUGUGGCAAACUGGAAGAUUAGUGAAGAGUUUCUCAAAAAUAUAUCAGCGAGUGCCAGAGAUCUGCCUUCUGAAAAUGGAACAAGUAUCUAUGGGGCUGGUGGCUUUAUGCCUUAUGGCUUUGCAGGAACUUUGGCUGGGGCUGCUACCUGCUUUUAUGCCUUUGUGGGAUUUGACUGCAUUGCAACAACUGGUGAAGAAGUCCGGAAUCCUCAGAAAGCUAUUCCUAUUGGAAUCGUGACUUCUUUGCUUGUUUGCUUUAUGGCCUACUUUGGGGUCUCUGCAGCUUUAACACUUAUGAUGCCAUAUUACCUCCUGGAUGAGAAAAGCCCACUUCCAGUAGCAUUUGAAUAUGUUGGAUGGGGUCCUGCCAAAUACGUUGUUGCUGCUGGCUCCCUCUGUGCUUUGUCAACGAGUCUUCUUGGAUCCAUUUUUCCAAUGCCUCGUGUAAUCUAUGCUAUGGCGGAGGAUGGGUUGCUUUUCAAAUGUCUAGCUCAAAUCAAUUCCAAAACGAAGACACCAAUAAUUGCUACUUUAUCAUCGGGUGCGGUGGCAGCUGUCAUGGCAUUCCUCUUUGACCUGAAGGCACUCGUGGACAUGAUGUCCAUUGGCACUCUUCUGGCCUACUCUCUGGUUGCUGCGUGUGUUCUCAUCCUCAGGUACCAGCCCGGCUUAUCUUACGAGCAGCCCAAGUGCUGUCCUGAAAAAGAAGCUCUGGGAUCAUGUGCCAGUGCCACCUCGAAGAGCGAGUCCCAGGUCACCAUGCUGGAAGGGCAGGGCUUCAGCCUGCGGAUCCUCUUCAGUCCCUCAGCUCUGCCUACACAGCAGUCAUCUUCUCUUGUGAGCUUUCUGGUAGGAUUUCUUGCAUUUCUUGUGUUGGGCCUGAGUAUCCUGACCACUUACGGAGUCCAAGCUAUUGCCCGGCUGGAAGCAUGGAGCCUUGCUCUUCUUGUCCUGUUUCUUGUUCUCUGCAUUGCUGUUGUGCUCACCAUCUGGAGGCAGCCCCAGAAUCAACAAAAAGUAGCCUUCAUGGUUCCAUUCCUGCCAUUUUUGCCAGCCUUCAGCAUCCUGGUGAACAUCUACUUGAUGGUCCAGUUGAGCGCAGACACUUGGAUCAGGUUUAGCAUUUGGAUGGCACUCGGUUUCCUGAUCUACUUCGCCUACGGCAUUAGACACAGCCUGGAGGGUAAUCCACGAGAGGAAGACGACGAUGAAGAGACUUUCCCAGACAACAUCAAUGCAGCAACAGAAGAAAAAUCUGCCAUUCAAGCCAACGACCAGCACCAAAGAAACCUCAGUUUACCUUUCAUAUUUCACGAAAAGACGAGCGAAUGCUAACACUUGUAGGAGCUGAGCUGGUCCACAGUCUUAACAUACAUAUCCUACACGGAGUAAACCAUGACAGGGUGUCAUCAUCAUGCUAGGUUGCCGUGGCUUUGCUGCAGACAUAGUUCACCCUAACUUAUACUUACUCACCUGGACAGCACCUCCUCAGAUGGCGAAUUGCGUAUCUGGGGGAAGCUCCUAAGCUCUCUCCUCAGCGAUGAAUAUCCCCCAAAUAGUAGGAGCAUGUGUGUACGUAUGUAUGUAUACGUUGCAGUAUAUGAAUGUGAGAAGUUGUUUGUGUCUUACUGUUACUGCAUUAGAGUUGUCUGGUGUUGUCAUUAAUUGGUGGCUUAUGCUGCACGUGCUGAAAUGGAAGCAAUCACUGAGUAGAAAAGUGUUUUGUAUGUGCCUGGUGCAUUUGGGGAAACAACCAUUGCUUUUCCUUAGUAGGUGUCAUUAAUGUCAAUUAGAACGCACUAAAAACGCAAUUACCCAUCCCGGUGUCUGUCAUUGGUCAGGAGGAAGAGGAGGGAUAAGAAAUGAGCCUUUUCUAUAACUUGUAAAUGCCAGCAUUGGGUUUAAGACAGAUUUUUCUUCUACAGACUGUGGCAGUUGGCGAGAACUCCAGCCAACAGGAGUGUUUGCGUCUGCCUUGCUGCAGCGGGCAGGGGUGGCGCUCUGGGUCACCCAGCUCUGUGGCUGUCGUUUUGGGGAGAAGUGGCCUCUGCCUGCUGUAAAUGAUAUAGUCCCCUCAGUCCAGGCAGAGGCUGCAGAGCAGUAUGUGUGAUCUACUUGGGACCCUUUCUUCUAGAAAGUGAAGGUGGUCUCGUGGCCAGAAAGCUUAUGUAAGUGGCAGCGAUGAGGAUAUAUUUGAAAAUCAGAGUCAGGCAAACGCUUGGAUAAGUAGACACCAAGCAUCCUUGUCUUUAAAGUCACUUAAAAUAAGGUGAUAGAACCUUCCAGAUCACACAAUUGAUAGAACAAUUUACACUUUUCUCCUUUACUUAAUAACUAAUCACAGUUCAGUUUUGUUUUGUUUUUUUUUAAAGCUCAUCGGGUACAGAAUUCACUCCUUUGUUUCUAUUAUUUUGUCUUGUCCUAGAUAUGAGGGGCUAUGCUCGCAAAUUAUGUCUUUACCACAUGCCAAAGAGAAAGAAAUGAAGGGAAACAAGAAAAUUUCCCUAUUCUGAGUUUAAAGUGCCUAUUCAUAUAUUAAAUUGCAUUUGCCCCAAUUUGAGGGGUUUGGAUUUCAAUUUGCCUUUGACAUUUCUUUUGGAAACCUUUUAAGGAUAUUGUCCUCCCCCCAUCCCAUGAAUUGUGUAGCGCUUUUUAUCUCAUUUAUUUUUAAUUGCACACUAAAUCUGUCAAUACCCAUAUUUGGAGAAUAAGAUACCUGGGUUAAAUACAUGACUAUUUAAAACCUUAAGCUAAAAAAAAAAAAAAUUAACAUAGUUGAAUUAAAACUAUAUAAACACAGUAACCUUUAUAGGAGUAAAUGAUUUGUUUUUAUAUGUAAGAAUUAGAGAUAAUUACUACAUUUUACUUCAUAGGGUUCUCUAAUAGUGAACUCUUUACCUGCAGUGUGCUUUGCUUCUCAUGAAUUAUCUUUCUUACAAAUAAUUGAAUGGUUUACUAGGUGAGGCUAGGGGCGAAACACUCACAUAUAUAUGGGUCACAUUCCCAGGAUGAAUGUUAUCAAGCACACCAGUUGACCAGCAUAAUCCAAAAGCAAGGAAAACAUUUGUUUUCUGACAGCUCUUCCAAGAGAUUAGUUAUUUUACUGAUGCCAUUAAAAAGCAAGUUGUGAUUAUUUUGUCUAACCAAGAGUUUAUUGUAAUUAAAUAUCAAAUAAAUAGAAAGCCUGGGUUUUGGCUGCUAGUGUUGGAGCUUCCCUGACCUAGAGCUACAGUACUGACAUUCCACAAUUUCCAGGGUGCACAUGGUAAAAUCUGAAGCCCACAAUUCUCUUUCAAGCAUGUUUUACUGAGGGGAAGAGUUGGAUACGCAAGGAGUAAAAUAUUUUUGUAAGGACUGUAGGCAAGAUCAUAAAUCCUUGUUAUAGUAUUACACUGAGAACUCCCUUUAAUUCUCUAAUCGAUCUAGACUAGGCCCUUAACACGGGGAACAUAAGGAAUUUCAUAUAAAAAUAUGUAAGUCUUUUACCAUAAUAAAAUAAAGAAAUUUAUUUAGGAUGUGAUAGGCAGCUAAAACUAUUAAUGCCCACUCUGUUCAAUUAGGAGCAAAAUUUAGUUAAAAUUUAUUUUCCACAUUAAAACACUUUGCAAACACAAAUAUCUAUGAAAAGAUGCUUUGUUGGUCGGUGACUAUGCUUUUUUUCUGUGAAGACUCAAAUAUGUGCUCAUAUCUCUGUAUGAGUAUAUGUAUAUAUAUGUAUAUGUCUGUGUAUUUCAAAAAGUAUAUACGUCAGUUGGGUUUAUGAUGGGCUUUGGAAACGAUACCCUUGUAUGGAUAAAAAACCCAAUUGAUGUGGAGAAAAAAUAAAGUUUUAUAUUGAUAGGUAUGCUUAUACAAAAUUGUUAGGUUUUAAACUAUUUUGCAAUAUACAGCAAUUUUAUAUGUAUAUUUUCUAUAGAUUCUUUAAGAAAGAUAUUUAUAAUGUAUCUAAUAUGGAAUCACUAAACUCUCGUACAUUAUAACAGGUGCUUUGUAAUCUGACAUGGAGUAGGGGUGGGAGGUGUUAGGGUUUUUCUGUUUAUUGUUUUCCUGGUAUAUCUCUAUCUUGCUAUGUGUUUAUUAGUAAAAGCCCGUACUGUCAGCUCUUUUACCACCUCCCUGUGCCUGUAGCUGAAUUCAUAACCUUUUGAACAAAAUACUGCUUUUACUUUCUUAGGAUUACCAAAAUGUUUUGUACAGAUUUGACAAGGAAUCAAUCACACUUAUAUAAACUCCUCUCCAGACGUGAAAAAAAUGUACACCAUACAUUCUCUUAAUUGUGGUUGAGUAAAAACAGUUUACUUUUCUUCCUUACACUAGGAAAUAUGCCUUCUUAAUAUUUUCAAUGAGAAACUUCUCAUAAUAGCACCUUCAUUUUAUACUUUACAAGAAAGGGAAAAGAUGAUUCAUGAAUAACCACAUAAAGGCCAUGCCUACCCCCAUUUAAAAAGGUAGCCAUACAAAUUCAAGUUCAAAACCUGUUUAUGAGAAAACUUACAACUUUUGAUAAAUACUGAAAUACACAUUAUUGCUGACUUACAUUUUCCCCCAGAGAUAAACAUCAAGAAAACUUUGUAAAACCAAAAACAUCAUUUGGGAUGUAUACACUGAGGAAAAAGUAACAUUGAUUGAUAUAUUUAAAACUCUUCUAUUACCAACCAUAGUCAAUAGAAAGUAGCUCUUACAGGAUUAUUUUCCUUUAAAAUACAAAGCCUCUCUUAAUUUUCUGAAUGAAAGAGUUUUUUUUUUUUUUUUACUUUUUUUUAAUUUAAAAAAUUAACCAAAAUAUUUGCUAAGUCCUGGGUAUUUGCAGAUAGUUGUUAAACCUAUUUUGAAUCAGACUCUAUAUAUACCGAGUUACUUUCUAAACUAAUUUGAAUGCUUAGCAAGGAGAAUAAGGAAAAUUAUUGUCCUCCAGUACUGAUAACGCUGGGGGAGCAGAUCAGUCUUCUCUCUUCAUAAAUCAGGGCAUAUUCUGAGAUUACAAACCACAUGAUAACGUUGUGCCAAGAUUCCAACUCUCCCUCAUGUUGUUGCUCAUGAUGCUCUCUGCCUGAUUUUCUCCGUCAAGCAAUGUUAGUUAACACCCAAACUACCAUUUCCACAGAAUUUUAAAGGAAGGAUCAGGUUUAGAGUGAACAUCAUGGAGUAUUAAAAUUCACAUGAUAAGUGUGAAUUUGGGGAGAGGGGAUUAACUUUUUUCUCUCUUUUUUUUUUUUUUUUUUUUUUUGCUAGUGCCUUCUCUGUACAUUUUCUACUUACAUUCUCUGACAUGUCCUAAAAUAUCAAGGGAAAAAGUACCAAAGUUCAGGUAGUAAAUAAUGCCAGCACAGAUCAUUUUUUAGCCAUGUAGAUUUGGAAAUGAGAUUGCUUGACUUUGUUGUUUAGCUGAGAUUUUUUUCUCUUUGUAUAAUUAUAUUUAAACAUUUUUAAAUGGAUUUCUGGUUUCUAGAUUUUGAGAGGCCUGCUCUGUUUUUGUGGUUGUUGGUUUUUGUAACAUUCAUUAUGUUUAUAUGUACACAGUUUAGUCUUAUUGAUCUCAAAUGCAUUUUCUUAUGGCUCAACCCAGUUGGCAACCCUAUGGGCUGUGAGUAAUAUACUGAGCUUUUCUACACCAUGGCUGAAGCCGCUGCCAUAAUCUCCGGCCUUAAAGAACCUUCUGUGACUACUGGCGUCCCAUGAGGAUCAUGACCAAGAGCCUGGGCUGGUUCUAGGAACAGGCAGCCUGCAAAGUGUAAGCAUCUAAAGCUACCCUUGUUGAGUGGGGUCUUGGGAUGAUAGGGUGGUAUAUAAAGUGAAAGACUUCACAUGAAAGUUAGGAAUUUGCGGUCCUUAAUUUCAGUUUUGAAUAUCCUAUGGGACGCAUAAAGGGUAAAUGAUAAGGAACCUCCAUGACUCAUGGGAAGGAUGGUUGCUUCCUGGAACUGAUACCAUAGGGUCUGGCCCACUGCAGUCCCUGUCUGGGUGCUUACAGCCUUGUGGUAGAAAGUGCAUGGUCCCAGGCUCAGCUGGUGAAGAGCUUGUAUUGCCAAUAGGGUUAGUUUCUCUGGCCCCAGCCUGGUUAAUGGGCUCUUCAUCUUUGGUGCCCACCAAGGCAGCCACAUUGUUCUGUUGUUCUGUUGUGUUCUUUGUACUUAACAGAAACUGUUGAUAGGGCCCAAAACCCUACAGAAAUUCUAUGUCUGUAAAAAACCAACAGAUGGAAUGGACUUGUCUGAAUGUAAAGAUUUUCUGUUUGAUAGAUAAUUUCAAAUUUCAAUAUUUUAAAUGAUAAUCAGAGUUCCUUUUACUUACAAAAUUGGAUUAUUUUUUAGAAUUAAAUAAAAAUUAUUGCUGCUUUACCACUGUAAAACAUGCUUUCUAAUGUGACCAUGUACUUUUGAAAUAAAUUGUAAUACAACUUGUAA